AUGAUAAUGUUGUCGUACUAUAAUUGAAAUUGAUGAUGUUCAUAUCACCAUGAGAUGCCACCACCCACUUUCUCUCUCUCUCUCUAACCUUUCCCACCAACUCACAUCUAGAAGCUCUCUCUCUCUCUCUCUCUCUCUCUCUUGUAGAGUCAAAAGCUUUAUAUAUAAGGCCACACCAAGUACUCCAUGAAGGGCCGGCCUUGAUGCUCAAGCACCACCAAGGUUAGGCUUUGAUAUAUACAAGUACUAGUGUCAAUUGUAAACCACCCCACCCCCACUCCCACUCCCCCCAAAAAAAUAAAAAAAAUUAUAUAUAUAUAAGAAAUGAAACAUAAUAUAGUAUAAGGUUAGUAGUAGAAAUUAAGUAGGCGUGAAAAAGAAAAAGAAAGUAGUGGUGUUUGAUCGAGUGCGAUGGGAAGGUCUCCUUGCUGUGAGAAAGCUCACACAAACAAAGGGGCGUGGACUAAGGAAGAAGACGAUCGGCUGGUGGCCUACAUCCGCGCCCACGGCGAGGGAUGCUGGCGCUCGCUCCCUAAGGCCGCCGGGCUCCUCCGCUGCGGCAAGAGCUGCCGCCUCCGCUGGAUCAACUACCUCCGCCCCGAUCUCAAGAGAGGCAACUUCACCGAAGAAGAAGACGAACUCAUCAUCAAACUCCAUAGCCUUCUCGGCAACAAAUGGUCUCUUAUUGCUGGGAGAUUGCCGGGGCGGACGGACAACGAGAUCAAGAACUACUGGAACACGCACAUCAGAAGAAAGCUGGUGAGCCGAGGCAUUGAUCCCACUACGCAUCGCCCCAUCAAUGAGGCUGAGGCUCAGCCUGCCACAACCAUUUCUUUUAAUUCAUCAAACAAAUUAUUAGAAAAGGAAGAGAGGUGCAGCCCUAAGUGCCCCGAUUUGAAUCUUGACCUCAGAAUCAGCCCUCCCUAUCAACAAGAACCCUUCAAAACAGGUACUAGUAGUCGUAGUAGUACCUUGUGCUUCGCUUGUAGUCUCGGCAUCCAAAACAGCAAAGAUUGCAGCUGUACAAAUACCACUAAUUCUGGAUUCGAUUUUCUGGGAUUGAAAUCUGGCGUUUUGGAUUACAGAAGAUUGGAGAUGAAAUGAAGUUUAAUUUCUUCACUUAUGUGUAAUACUUCCAUUAUUUUUCUGAUUGUACAUGUAAUAGUCCAGUAUUUUUACAGACCAUUUAAGGCACAUUUUGCAGAGAUUUGGUUGAAUGUUCGGAAAUUAAUUCGUCUA